CCGCGGUCGGCGCUUUGGCGGUCGGCGCUCGGCGCUCCGUGCAGUCUCCGCCGCAGCUCCGUCCUUCCCGCUCGGCAGCGGUCCCUGGAGCGGCCGCCGCGGUUCCGAGCGAGGCCCGUGGCUGGUUUUGCUCCACGAAGAUGAACUGGACUGCCGCCGCGUGCUGGGCUCUGCUGCUAGCGGCCACCUUCCUCUGCGACAGCGGCGCGGCCAAGGGCGGCCGUGGCGGGGCUCGCGGCAGCGCCCGGGGCGGGCUGCGCGGGGGCGCGCGCGGGGCCUCGAGGGUGCGCGUGAGGCCUGCGCCCCGCUACGCCGGCUCCUCGCUGCGCGUGGCCGCGGGAGCGGCGGCGGGGGCAGCGGCGGGGGCAGCCGCGGGCCUGGCGGCGGGCUCGAGCUGGAGGAGGGCCGCGGGGCCCGGGGAGCAUGGCCCAGACGACGACGAGGACGGCGCACCCGGCGGCAACGGAACGAACCGAAGCGUCUACAGCUACCGGGCGUGGACUUCGGGCGCGGGGCCCACGGGCGACCCUCACCUCUGCCUGCUGCUGGGCGGUGCCCUGGGCGCCCUGGGGCUGCUGCGGACCUAGGCCGGGCUGGGCUCGGGGGCCAGAUGUGCCCCCAGCCCGCGCCUGCCCCGCGAGCCACCACAGAGGCUGCCCAGCACUGAGCGCCCCUUGCCUCCACUGCCCAAGGCCUCUGAGCCCAGAGGAGCUGCGUGGCCAACUCC